UCCGCGGGGCAGCUCAGCGCUACGACAUCACUUGGCCUUGUAGCUCGUGAUGCUCUAUCAGAUGACGGUUCUGCCUUGUCGCCUGCUUUCUCGAGCCUUGCACUUGAUACGACGCCAAAUCAAAUAAAGUCUUCGUCAGCCUCGCAUCCACGGAUUUAUACUUUUGACAAAUACACCUUAUACGACUACUCGUUCGGCCAACUUCUCCAAAACCAUCACCAAAGUUCAUUCGGCAUAUUGCGACGCAACCGCUACCAUGGACGAACCGCUUCAGUUCGUGCCGUUCACAUCCGAGAUAGAGUUGCCGUUUUACUCGGCGCUCUUCUCGUCCAAGCUAGACUAUGACAAGCUCGACGACUCUGCGCGUGGAAUUUUGGGCGUGUACGAGCCGCGGGAUGUUGACCCGGACGCAAGCUCCAAGCUGCAGAUUCUCGGAAGCGCAUUGACAAACACAGAUCCACCUCUAGGAAAAGCAAGAGCCGAAGGCAUCAUCAAAAAUGUCAAUACCAUCGAAGAUUUCAGGAAGACCGACAAAGCCGCUAUGUUGAAGCUAGCAGGCAGACAGAUCUGGGACGCUAUUAAAGACGGCAGCAUUUACUCUGUUCCUUCGCUCUUAUCCUCGUUCAUCAUUCUAUCAUACGCCGACCUCAAGAAGUACAGAUUUAUAUACUGGUGUGCAUUCCCUGCGCUGCACUCAGACGCGCAGUGGAAGCGCUCUGGCCCCAUCCUGCGCCUCAACUCGGACGAGACUACAGCUCUUAUGGAUCGCGUCGGCACAUGGAGAUAUAUCGUGGAUAAGCGUGAGCAUGGAUUCUUCCUGGCCAAGAAGAUAUGGGGGGAGAAGCCAAAGGAUUUGAACGAACACGACCCGGCACUCAAGAUUCCCUACAGAUGGGAGGUGGCCUCACUGCGAAGUUUUGAAGAUGGCUUCUUUGACGGUGUUGCCGAGGAGGAUCGAUUUGUCACAUUUUUGGAUCCGUCAACUUUCUCAGAAGGCCCCUCAUGGCCGCUGCGCAAUCUCCUGAUUCUAAUUCGCCACCGAUUCCGCUUGUCCAAGAUCAAUAUUCUGUGUUUCAGAGAUGAAUGGUCUAGAAGGCAUGAAGCCAAAAGUAUCAUUAUACCGAUCACGAUGGACCCCGUUGAAGACAUGGAGAUCAAAGAGAUGCCCAAGGUUACAGGUUGGGAGCGAGCAAAGAACGGCAAGCUUCAAGCACAACUGGCAAACUUGGGCGAGUACAUGGACCCUAACAGGUUGGCUGAUUCUUCAGUCGACUUGAAUCUAAAGUUGAUGAAGUGGCGACUGGCCCCUGAUUUGAAUCUCGAUGUAAUCAAGAACACCAAAUGCUUGCUAUUGGGUGCCGGGACGCUGGGUGGCUACGUCUCACGAAACUUACUGGGCUGGGGUGUGAGAAAAAUCACCUUUGUUGACUACGGCAGCGUGUCCUUCUCAAACCCAGUUCGCCAGCCGCUCUUUGAGUACGAUGACUGUCUCAAUGGUGGUAAACCAAAGGCUAUUCAAGCCGCCGAAAUGUUGAAGAGGAUAUAUCCGGGAGUAGAUGCUGAGGGUCACUCCUUCUCCGUGCCGAUGCUUGGUCACGCUCUCGCUGAUGAGGCGAGAACAAAAGCCGACUACGACAAGCUUGAAGCCUUGAUUGAUGCCCACGAUGUCAUCUUCUUGCUGAUGGAUACUCGCGAAUCUCGAUGGCUACCGACAGUGAUGGGAAAAGCAGCCGGCAAAAUUGUCAUGAAUGCUGCCCUGGGAUUCGAUUCAUACGUGGUUAUGCGGCACGGUGCUGAAGGGCAACAAGAGGGCCAACACUCUCUUGGAUGCUACUUUUGCAAUGAUGUCGUCGCCCCAGCUGAUUCUAUGAAGGAUCAAACGCUUGAUCAGCAGUGUACCGUGACUCGACCCGGCGUUGCUGCCAUUGCCUCUGCACUUUUGGUUGAGCUUUUGACGAGCCUCUUGCAACAUCCGCUAAAGAACGGCGCCCCGGCACCCCAACCAAGGCCAGGCGUCACGCUCGAAAGGGACCCCCCUGAUCACCCGCUUGGCCUCGUGCCGCACCAGAUCCGUGGCUAUGUAUCUACCUUUCAGAACAUUGUCCUUCGCGGGCAAUCGUAUGACAGCUGUAGCGCAUGUAGUCCCAAGAUCCUAGACGCCUUCCGUAACGACGGGUGGGGAUUUGUCAAGAAGGCUCUUCAAGAAAAGGACUACGUCGCCGAGCUAUCUGGCCUCGCAGAACUCCAGCGCAAGGCUGCGGAACUGGACGCCCAGUUAGACUGGGACGAAGAGGAGGAGGGGGUUGAAGAGGGCGACGGAGAGUUGCUCUAAAUUCGUUGUUUACCUUUCUUUCUUUCUUUUCACAUUCACUCGUUCAUACGGUACAUUUACAUGCUCGGGAUUAUAUGCGACACAUGGUAAAGGAUUGGGGAUUAUUUAGAAUUGGCGCUCUUCUUUGGGUUUUUUUUCAACACCUUGUAUUGGCAAGGGAUGUGUUCGAACGAAUAUACAUUGCCCUUCGUUGGUGGAGAGGGCUACUGUUGUAUAUGAUGCAGGAUUGAAUAUUAGCUUGAUGUUUAUAGUCGACCUGACGGUGAUGAAGUUGUAGCAACCUUAUCGUCCCGGGGGGGCUUUGCGACGCUCAGAAAUAAUCGCUCCUUGACGAGAUACCGCGAUGGAUGUAUAACUGUAGACACGACUGAUCGCAUCACCAAUGAACGGUUCCGUGGUCUAGUUGGUUAUGACAUUUCGUUAACAGUUUAGUUGACACCACCGAAAAGGUCCCCGGUUCGAGCCCGGGCGGAAUCACCAUCUUUUUUUGGUUCUUCG